AUGUUUUGGUUUUUGAUUUGGUGACAAGCAAUUUCAUUUCUUUUUUAUUUGUUGUUCUUAUAAUUUUUCAACGAAUUAAUCUUGUCGAUUAAUUGUUCUCAUCAUCAUCAUUAACAAAAUUAUCAUUUUUUCUGGUAAAAAAUGAGUUUUGAUACAACAAAUAUUCAUCGUUUAGAGGGAACAAAAUCCAAUGAACCAGGUGGCCUUUAUGUUCCGAAUAAAAAAUCGCUCAAAAAUCCUGGUACAGAAAAUUUAAAAUAUCAAAAACCACAAACAUCAUUACUCGGCUUGGAUACAUUAGCGGCAAAAAAACGUGAAGAACGUGAAAAAAAUUCUGUCGAUGAUGAACGUUUCAGUGGUGAAAAAUUUCGUCACCAUUCUUCCGGAUCGAAUGAUCGUUAUUAUCGCUCGAAACGAAUCGAAACACCAACCGUAUUGGAUGGUGUAUCCGAUGAAUAUCGUGAACGCAAAAAAGCUCGUGAUGAACGACAUCGUGAUAAAUAUGAAAAUGAAUUUACAAGUAAACAUUUUAGACGCCCACAACAACAACAACAAACUUCAAAUAAUCAGCUAUCAAAAUCAUGGAAAUCAUAUGAUCAUUUAACAUCACAACAACGACGUCCAACAACACCAUCAAAAUCAGCUUGGGAUGAAGAUGAUGAUAGUGGUUAUAAUGGUAGUUCACGACAAGAAUGGGAACGACCAUCAUCUUCAUCACGGCGAUCAUCAUCAUCAUCGACAUCAUCAAGAAUUCCAUCAACACCACGAUUUACACCAUCACAUUGGACAUCAGAUCGGCGUGAUCAAUCCAAAAGUGUACGUAGUAAUUCUGGUGAUGAUAAAGAAUCUUCGAAAGAAAAAUCCUGGGAAGAAGAUGAAGAUGAAAUUCGUCGUUUAGAUCGCGUUUGGUAUGAUGAUGAAUGUGAUCAAAAUCCAUUUGGUGAUAUGCCUGAUGAUUAUACCAAAGAAAAAGAAGAAUCAUUAAAAAAAUCUAAAAUUGUACAACGUGUUUCUGCACAACAACGACAAAUCAAUAAAGAUAAUGAAAAAUGGGAAACAAAUCGUUUAUUAUUAUCGGGUGUUGUAACGAAAAUCAAUGAAAAUCAAGAUGACGAUGAAAAUAUUGAAGGUCGUGUUCAUUUAAUGGUACAUAAUAUUGUUCCACCAUUUUUAGAUGGUCGGAUUGUUUUUACUAAACAACCGGAACCAGUUAUACCGGUUAAAGAUCCAACAUCGGAUUUUGCUAUUUUAGCACGUAAAGGUUCUGCAUUAGUUCGUUAUCAUCGUGAAAUGAAAGAAAGAAAAAAAGCACAGAAAAAAGAAUGGGAAUUAUCCGGUACACGUAUCGGUGAUAUAAUGGGUGUUGAAAAACCUAAAGAUGAAAUGGAUAAUGAUAAUAAUGAUAAUCAAAAAAAUGAUUAUAAAAAUGAACAUCGUUUUAAAGAUCAUAUUGAUGAUGAUAAAGAUGAACGAAUGGAUCGUACAAAAAUUAUGAAACAAAGACAAUUUUUACCUGCAUUUGCUGUACGAAAUGAAUUAUUACAGGUUAUACGUGAUAAUAAUAUUGUUAUUGUUGUUGGUGAAACUGGAUCGGGCAAGACUACACAAUUAACACAAUAUUUACAUGAAGAAGGUUAUACAAAAUAUGGUAUGAUUGGUUGUACACAGCCAAGACGUGUUGCAGCAAUGUCCGUAGCAAAACGUGUUGCUGAUGAAGUUGGUGUAAAAUUAGGUGAGGAAGUUGGUUAUGCUAUACGUUUUGAAGAUUGUACAUCGAAUAAAACGAUUAUUAAAUAUAUGACUGAUGGUAUUCUACUGAGAGAAUCAUUAUCUGAACCAGAUCUGGAUAAUUAUUCGGCAGUUAUUAUGGAUGAAGCACAUGAAAGAAGUCUGGAUACAGAUGUAUUGUUUGGUAUCUUAAGGCAAGUAGCUGCCCGUCGUAAUGAUAUUAAAUUGAUUGUAACAUCAGCCACAAUGGAUUCAUCAAAAUUUGCCGAAUUUUUUGGUAAUGUUCCUGUUUAUAUAAUUCCGGGUCGUACAUUUCCUGUAGAAUUAUAUUUUUCAAAAAGUUCUGUUGAAGAUUAUGUUGAUGCAGCUGUCAAGCAAACAAUUCAAAUUCAUCUUGGUGGUUUAGAAGGUGAUAUCUUAGUAUUUAUGCCUGGUCAAGAAGAUAUUGAAAUUACAUGUGAAGUAAUUAAAGAACGUUUGAAAGCAUUAUCCGAGACAUCAACAACUGAAAUACCCGAAUUAGCAAUCUUACCAAUUUAUUCACAAUUACCUUCGGAUUUACAGGCAAAAAUUUUUCGUAAAGCAGAUAAUGGUAUACGUAAAUGUGUUGUUGCAACAAAUAUUGCUGAAACAUCAUUAACAGUUGAUGGUAUUAUGUUUGUGGUGGAUAGUGGUUAUUGUAAAUUAAAAGUUUAUAAUCCAAGAAUUGGUAUGGAUGCUCUACAAAUUUAUCCAAUAUCACAAGCAAAUGCAAAUCAACGUAGUGGUCGUGCUGGUCGUACUGGACCUGGUUGUUGUUAUCGUUUAUAUACUGAAAGACAAUAUAAAUAUGAAAUGCUUACAAAUACUGUGCCGGAAAUUCAGCGAACAAAUCUGGCUAAUGUUGUUUUAUUAUUAAAAUCCUUAGGUGUACAAGAUUUAUUACAAUUUCAUUUUAUGGAUCCACCACCACAAGAUAAUAUGAUGAAUUCAAUGUAUCAGCUAUGGAUACUUGGUGCAUUAGAUAAUGUUGGACAAUUAACACCACUUGGUCGUAAUAUGGUUGAAUUUCCAUUAGAUCCAGCAAUGUCCAAAAUGCUGUUAGUAUCAACCGAGAUGCAAUGUUCAGCUGAAAUAUUAAUAAUUGUAUCAAUGUUAUCGGUACCAUCGAUAUUUUAUCGACCAAAAGGACGUGAAGAAGAAAGUGAUUUAGUACGGGAAAAAUUUCAAGUACCAGAAUCAGAUCAUUUAACAUUAUUAAAUUCAUAUCUGCAAUGGCGUAUGCAUAAAUAUUCAAGUCAUUGGUGUCAACAACAUUUUAUUCAUCCAAAAGCAAUGCGUAAAGUACGUGAAGUAAGACAACAACUAAAAGAAAUAAUGGAAUCACAUAAAUUACCAAUAAUAUCAUGUGGUAAUGAAUGGGAUUGCAUUAGGAAAUGUAUUUGUUCUGCUUAUUUUCAUCAAGCAGCACGUUUAAAAGGUAUUGGUGAAUAUGUUAAUAUGCGUACAGGUAUGCCAUGUCAUCUGCAUCCAACAUCAUCAUUAUAUGGUAUGGGUUUUACACCGGAUUAUGUUAUUUAUCAUGAAUUAAUCAUGACAACAAAAGAAUAUAUGCAAUGCGUUACAGCUGUUGAAGGACAAUGGUUAGCUGAAUUAGGACCAAUGUUUUAUUCGAUAAAAGAAUCAACAAAAUCACGUUUUGAACGUAAACAACAACAACGUGAUCAUGAAAAAGAAAUGGAACAAGAAAUGUCUAUUGCUGAAGAAUUAUUACGGAGAAAUAAAGCUGAAAUGGAUAGCCGACAAUAUUUAUCAUCAACAAGAUCAACAAUGAUUGUAACGCCAGGUUUAAAACAACAACAACAAUCAACAUCGUCGUCAUCGAUGACACCGAAUGCUAGUAAUAUCGGUAAUCAAACACCAAGACGUUCGACACCGGGUCAAAGAUUUGGUUUAUAAAAAAAUAAAAAAUUUAUUGAUUGAUUUUUUUAAAAUGUAGAUUUCCAUUUUUCAUUU